CCUCCUCCUCCUUAUUCGUACCCAUUCACACGCCCCUUCCUCUUCUUCUAUUCCUCUCUCAAUCUCUCUCUCUGCCUCUCCGCCAUGGACAAACCUCAAUUUCAAACUCUUAACCUAACCACCGCUUCUCGUCAGAAACACCGUCGCCGGAGCCGGAGGAAAGUACCGGCUACCUGCAAUGUUAAGAAGAUUCACCGAAACGGCGCUGUUUUUGCCUUGGAAGAACCGGAUGAGAAGGAGGUCGUGGAACGGAAGAUUCGCGCAUUGCAGAGUAUUGUACCGGGAGGUGAAUCGCUUGGAGUCGACAAGUUGUUUGAACAGACGGCGGAGUAUAUAAUGAACUUGCAGCAUCAAGUGAAGGCCAUGAGAGCGCUCUCGAGCUUUUUUGAGAGCUUGGAGAAGGAGAAAAGCGAGUGCGGAGGUUGAAGAAGAUGAGUUACUUCUGAUUUUGAAUUUUUUUUUUUUUUUCCUUCUUCUUCUUUCAUUCGGUUUAUUAUUUUUUCUUUUCCAUGUGAGGAAAGAUCGAUCGGGCGUUUGAUUCUCAGUCGCUCCAUCUUUUCUCUGUUAGUUGGAACCAGGAUUUCGAAUCCUUUUCCCUUGUUUAUCAUCAUCAUCAUCAUCUUUCAUACUACUUGCUGGUAAAUCUGUGUAGCUUUUUAAUGAAUAGAAAAUCGUAACAGAUUGGGGUGAGAGUUCAAGAA